GAGAACACGCAGCCCAGAGCACUAGUUGUGGGUAAUCCUGCUGUCCCAGAAAUCGACAUUUGCGGACAAAACUGGACACCCUGCAAUUUACCAGGUGCCGAAGAUGAAGCGAUUCUUAUCGCGGAAAUGUUAGGCGCGGAACCUCUUCUCCGAGACCGCGCACGACUUAGCGUUGUCAAGAAGGAACUACCUCGUGCUGACGUCAUCCACGUGGCCUGUCAUGGCAGCUGGUCCGAGACUGCCCUGGUUUUGUCUCCCGACGGGUCGCCAGAAGACGGGACCUUAUCCAGCAGGGAUGUCUACUUGACUGCAGAGGAGGUGAUGGAGAUGAAACUACGAGCUAAAAUUGUUGUUCUCAGUGCCUGCCAUAGCGGAAGUGGGGAGAUAAAAAACGAGGGCGUGGUAGGACUGUCCAGGGCAUUUCUAGUAGCAGGAGCCAAGGCGGUGGUAGUGGCACUAUGGCAACUGCCAGACCAAGCGACCAAAUCUUUCAUGACCAGCUUUUAUCAAGAUCUUAUCGAGAGAAACACAGUCAGCCGUUCACUCAGGAAUGCCAUGCAAACCAUGCAAGAUCGGCCACGCACCGAAUGGGCGUCUUUCACAAUAGUUGGUCGUGACGUCAGUCUGUGAUUGUAAUUUUAAUGACGUCAUAAACAGAAGGCACGUCUCAGAGACAAGAGGGAACUUUAUUCCCACGUGUGUAAAACAUCAUGAUCAUAUAUUGUUACUGACGCCAAUGUAUUCAUUACAAAGAUUUAAUACUCGUAUAAGGUUUCCCUUUUACGAACUUAAAAUUUUAUUCGACGCAAUCUUGGUAAAUUAAUGGACACCUUAAAACUAUCAGAUGACCAAAGCAACAUGCCCUGCACUCGACGUUGAAACCCCAAAUUGAUUUCUUAAGGGUAUAGUGUCAGUCAGUGCUAGCCACCCCUCACCAUUAUAUUAAUGUCAAAUAUACCAUUAUCAAAUAUACCAUUAUGUCAAAUAUAAUUCGCCGGAGGCAACAACUUUAGAACACAAACUUUUAAACACUGCAAU